GGGCAUCGCUGGUUCCAGCAGUUUUUAUUCCCCAAUACCCCCAGAGGGCGGUUAGCAAUCAACCGCAUUGCCGUGGUUAUAGAUUCACGUUUUAGACCUGACUGGAUGAGGAUGGCAGCUUCCUUUUUUUUCCCCCCCUCAAGGACGCUAGUGAACAAACCGGGGGUUUCCCUAAAAGUCAAUAGUGACUACACGGUCACCACAAGAUGCUAGAGGAGGUUGACAAAAAUUUUUUAUUGAAGACAAAUUUGUAGGAUUUGAACUCAAAUCCCAAGAACAUUCUGAAUUCUACUGCAGUGUCAUUACCACUGUGACACCAACUCGCCUUGAGGCUUGGGUGGACCAGAACAGAUAAGGUAAGACAGAUGAGUUAAAGAUAUGGAUUGAUGUGUGAAAUUGACAUGUUAUGCCAUCAAAGAGAUGUGGUUGAGAGAGGGGCAAGACUGGCAACUCGGCAUUCCAAGGUCUGGGAGACGGAACGGGAUAUGUAGCCAUGAACCAUGGAAGUGAUGAAAGAACCUGAGAUACUAAUUGAUGAACAGCCUGCAUCAUCUGGAAUGCCCAAGCCCAGCGAGCUUCCUUUGGGAAUCCUAGGGGGUCAUGCCUUUUGGUGCAUGACAUGUGGAAAGGGGUUCAAGUGGCGUUGUCUUCUGGAUGCCCACCUGCGGGUACAUACAGGGGAGAAACCUUUUGAGUGUCUUCUAUGCAUGAAGCGUUUCAGCAAGUCUAACGAACUGCGAGUCCAUCAGCGCAUUCACACUGGUGAGAAACCCUUUGAAUGCCUUAUGUGCAAGAAACGCUUUUAUCGUUCCAGCCACCUGAGCAGACACCAGCAGUUCCACACUGGGGAGAAGAAGUUUGAAUGCCAAGUUUGCACAAAACGCUUUUUUACCUCCAGCCACUUGACCAGGCACCAGCGCAUUCACACUGGUGAAAAGCCUUUUGAAUGUCCUGAGUGCAGCAAGCGGUUCAACAGCCCUAGUGAAUUAACAGUGCACCAGCGAGUUCACACUGGUGAGAAGCCAUAUGAGUGUAUAGACUGCAAAAAACGUUUCAACCGACCUGGUGACCUGACAGUACACCGACGGAUCCAUACUGGUGAGAAGCGGUUAGAAUGCCCACAGUGCAAAAAACAAUUUAGUCGACCCAGUGAGUUGGUUGUCCACCAGCGGGUUCACACUGGGGAGAAGCCCUUUGAGUGUGCUGUGUGCAAGAAACGCUUUUACACAUCUAGUCACUUGAUCCAGCACCAGGGAAUCCAUACUGGUGAGAAGCCCUUUGAAUGCCCUCUUUGCAAGAAGCGCUUCUACAGAUCCAGUAACCUGACUAGGCACCAGAGAGGAGAAGGACAUAAUGAGAAAGGUAAUCCAAAUCAGAAUCAGAGAUAG